AUGCUAGGGCAUCCUGAAUAUUCAAAGUUCACUUCGCAGCAACUUGUAGCUAGUGGAUGCUAUAUCCCAAAGCUAUAUCUCAAAUACCCUACAACACCACUUUCCACACAACAAAUACCUCUUCAACAUCGAAAACCCAAAACAAAACAUCAAAUGGCCCGCGGACCAAACUGUCUCAGCAAAGAGGAUGCACAACUAGCAAGGAGUUGGCUCCACACAUCACAGAAUCCGAUCUAUGCAAACGCGAUGAAGCGUGAUCAGUUCUGGGAGAAUGCGGCCGAACAUUUCAAUGAAAACUCACCUGGAGGUCACCGAGAAGGCAAAGAUCUUUCAACCAGGUGGGCCAAGCUCCGGGCGGCUGUGACAAAAUUUUGUGGGAUAUACGCAUCCAUCGAGCGCAACCCACCGUCUGGAAGUGAGAAACUUGAUUGGCUGAGUCAGGCAAAGACGAUUUUCUCGGAUCAAACUGGAAAAUCAUUUAUCUUUGAGACUUCACCAGCACCGCCGCAAUCCAGUGGCACUGUUUCAAAUCCGCCGAAUACACCAACUAGCCAACAGGCUGCCGAUUCUCCUAGCGCAAACGAUGGAAGACGACCGACUGGGGUCAAAGCAGCAAAAAGGGCUUUGACCCAGAACGAAUUCCUCCAGAAGAAAUUGAAACUAAUGGAGACAUCAGCCAAAGAGAGCCGCGAUUUGAGUCAGAAGAGAUUUCAAGAAAUGUUGCGCGCGAACGACUUACAAGAGAAGGUCGUGGAGAUGGACAUUUUGGGGAAGGAUCUUUCAUCGUGUGUUGACGAAUUCAAACAAGCCUAUUACACAAGAGCAAAGAAGGUCAUCCUCAAGAAGUUGGAAGAGGCCGAGAAUCAGCCACCCCCCUCUCCACCAACCAACAAUCAAGCCCCAUCAUCGUCAACCAAUCUUGAGAGUCAAGACGACGGGACCGAGUCUCUUGCUUCAUCUCAUCACGAUCCCCUCAAUCUUACAUUGGAACCCAACAAAUUGCAGGUUGAUGACGAAGAAGAGGGAGCCGAGGACCACAAUGGUCCAGUUGGUGAUGCCUGCAACAAUCUCAACAUUGACCCAGCCUUCUUAUGA